CCUCUAGAUCUGUUUCUGCAUGUAAUGAACCCUUGACUAUGAGUUGGGCUUGUCCGUAGACUCUAAUGUUAGAGUCGAGGCCUAUCUCGGCUCGGGCCCAAAGAUGCGCCACCGCGCACAGAAAAAUCAUGUGGUAUGGACACCAGAAGUAAGAAUGAGAUCCCAUGCGCGACCCACUGACUUAGAUAUCCACUGCCAAAACGGUUCAUGGUACAGGGUAUAGGGCAAGUCCAAGAAAAGGUCACCCUAGAAGAUUCCCAUUCAGCCGUUGGACUGAACUGGUACUGUAACACAGUAUGGAUGGUCAAUAUGAAGCAAGCUUCAUCGAAUUCCUCCAAGAGCUCUGAACUCUGUUCUGAUCAUUUUGAAGAUGCUUGCUUUGACAGGACUGGGCAAACGAUUCGUCUAAGACAGGAUGCUGUCCCAACCACAUUUAAUUUGCCGCCUCGUCAUCAGAAGAUGGAGACCAGCAGCAUGGCAGCAGGAGCUAAUGUUGGUCGUGAUGAGGCAUAUACCACCAUCAACAAUGCUGCAAUUGCAGUCACCACCACCAAGUCUGCUUCUGUCACUGCCAUCACCAUUGCCACCGCCAUUACCAAGACCACUCCUGACACAAAGCCCCCAAGUCCUCAACUGACCAGAUAUUGCAGCUGGAGAAGGAUAUACCAGGAACUUCAAAGCCAGGGCUUGCCAGUCUCCUACAAUAAGAAAAAUGCCAUGGGCCCAUCUAAUGAACUAGUAGUAGAAUAUUUGGCCACAGUUGUAGAAAUGCAGAGACUAACAUACUGCCACAGGUGAGGUUUUGUCCACAGUUCCAGAAGGACACAAAAUAGUAUCAGAAAGUCAUGCCAGAAUCAACAACUGAAGGGUUUGAAGAGCCAGAUAAAGAGCCGAGAAAUGUGAUUUUAAAGGUACUUCAAUCACAUGCACAGUAGGAGCAAAAACAG